AUGCCAGCACUUUGGGAGGCUGACACAGAAGGACUACUUGAGCUCAGGAGUUGUGUGCGCUGCUUCACCUGCAGCAAGACUGUGGGCAACACGUGGGAGGCCUACCUGGGGCUGCUGCAGGCCAAGUACACUGAUAGGGACGCCCUGUGCCUGAAGCACUACAGCCACUGCUGCAUGCUGCUGGCCCACGUGGACCUGAUCCAGAAGCUGCUCAAUUAUGCCCUCCUGGGGAAGUGACCUCGCUGGACCCACCCACCUGCCGUGCUGACCAUGGGCAGUCGCUGUCUUGCCCUGAGUUCACUAAACUGAGAUGUCGGGGUCCCGGGAGCAAUUGCUGACCAUAGUGCGUGGAUGUGUGUACCUCACUCUGGAAGGGACCAUCCAGUAAGUCUUUCAGGAAAAAAAAUGUACACCAAAUCAUGUUGCAUCUUCCCUUUGGGGAGUGAGGACAGGUUCUCGCUCUCAAGCUGGGGUGCAGUGGUGCGAUCACAGCUCAUUGCAGCCUUAACCUCUUGGGCUCAAACAAU